CGAUUCUCUCUCUCUCCCAGGAUGCGGGAGUGCCUCAGGUUGCAAUGUUUGUGGCUAGCCGAUGCAAGCUGUGUUGUGGAGUGUGGAGGAGCAUGAGGACUCUGGCCACAGUUGUGCCCAAACUGACUGUCUCUCCCCAGAUUGCCCUGGUGGAUGAGAAGGUUUGUGUGACAGUGAGUGGGCUGAGACCGUCCCAGAGAGUGACCCUCCACGCGUCACUGACAGAGAAGACUGUGUUUGCUGCCUGUGGUCACUUCACGGGUGAUGAACAUGGCUGCAUCAAUGUCACAACUCAAGCCUCUUGUGGAGGAACAUACACAGGCGUCGAUGGCAUGGGGCUUCUGUGGAGCAUGAUACCGGCACCGGGGGAGUCAAAGAUGGCUCGUCUCAGCAAGAGGGAUGUCACAGAACCAUUUUCAGUGCGGUUCUCACUGCUUGAAGGCCACCUAGAUUUAAACCAGUGUGAUGUAAAAGAGACCAUUGUGACAGUUACGGCAGAGCGCUGGUACAAGGCCAAGGGUGUCAGGAGUAUCACUGUCCGAGAGGGAAGACUGAGGGGCACAUUGUUCUUGCCAGCAGGUGAUGGUCCUUUUCCAGGUGUGAUUGAUAUGUUCGGGUCAACAGGAGGUUUAAUUGAGACAAGAGCUGCACUUUUAGCUUCACAUGGGUUUGCUGCUUUAGCUCUUGGCUACUUGGGAUAUGAUGACCUUACUAAGGAUCUGAAUGACCUUGACCUAGAUUACUUCCUUGAUGCAGUGGACUGGCUGCAGAAUCAUUCUGCCAUCUGUCUGAAUGGCAUCGGCGUCAUUGGGGUCUCGAAGGGUGCGGAACUGGCCAUGCUUAUGGCGACAUUUUCUCCAAAGGUGACAGCGGUUGUCAACAUCAGCGGCUCCCUGGCCUUCACAUUUACUGACCUGAAGAGAAUCGGUGCCGAGGACAUCAAGGGUGUAGAGAUAGAUGUGGGUGGACUGGUGGUUACAGAUGCUGGCAUGAUCACUCGAGAUGCCUACAGCGGCUGGGAACGUGUCACUAUUCCUUUCUGGCAGAGUGAAGCCCACUUCCUGCUGCUCUAUGGAGAAGAAGAUCAGUGUUGGAAUGUCCAGGGAGCCAAGAUGAUGGUGAAUUCACUUCCAGUUGAGAAGAGGAAGAAAGUAGAGAUGGAGUUCUACCCUGAUGCAGGCCACCUGAUAGAGCCACCCUACACACCACACUGCUACUCCUCCUUCCACAAAGUUGCAGGAAUGAACCUUGUGUGGGGAGGGUCUCCUAGGCCCCAUGCACAUGCUCAACAGGAUGCCUGGCACAAAGCACUCAACUUCCUGCAUUUACAUUUGGGUCAAGGUCAAGGUCAGGAUCAAAGAAGAAACAGCCAAGUGAAGAGUUCCCUAUGAUGGCAGCCAUCUUCCCUCAGCCUGCUCCAUCAUAGUGAUGCUGCAUUACCUCAUGUCGCCAGUAGUGUGAUCAUGUCAUAUUGUCACUUCUGGUUUUGCCAUAUAUAUUUCAGAUGACAACCGAUCAGGACAGAGAUUACUCCAGAGUGGGUCUCCUGGCUAAGUACUGGCAAUCCAGGGUGGAUCUCCUGGCUAAGUACUGGCAAGUCCAGGGUGGAUCUCCUGGCUAAGUACUGGCAAGUCCAGGGUGGAUCUCCUGGCUAAGUACUGGCAAGUCCAGGGUGGAUCUCCUGGCUAAGUACUGGCAAGUCCAGGGUGGACAUAGUGUCAACAUACUAUCAAGUCCAGGUGGAUGUUGUGGCCUGAUACUGGUGUGUCCACGAUGCUGAUGGGAUGAACUAAGAAUGACAACUGCACACGAUGCAGGGAAUCAGUAGGUCUGAUUUUUGAAAACACACAAGUGUUAUAAAUUUAUUGUAGUUAAGGCCUUAGACCCUAUAUAAAAGCGUAAUUUACCAACUGAAAAGGUGACAUCUUCAACUAAGCUGAAGUCAGUUUCAGGUCGUACUUGGGGCACUGGACAUUUGAUGACAACUGAAGAAACACUGGAAAUAGAACAAUGUCUGGUUUAUGUAAUCUGUGCAUGUGAAUAAAGCAUCAGAACACA